ACAUGCGGCUCCAGAGAAACACUGGUGUGUAGAAAUCCACUUGAGCGAAGAGGAAGAUCAGCCCUGCAGUUAAAAAUAAAUAUACUUCCGUUACAUUUCUGCUGUGAGGAGAUAAUUCAAACAUGCUAGUUCUGCAUAUUUACAGCAGGGUUAUCUCUGUGGGUUAACUGAGGCAGCCUCCCAAAUUGAUGACGUCACUCGUAACCCGGUAAGUUUCAUUUCUUCGGGUUUGGCACUAGAAUUGCUGAGUCAAAGGCGGUUCGGCGUUUCCUCCAGUAAGUUUCAUUUCAUACGAACCGGUUCUGAUUUUACUUUGGUUUUAUUUCAGUGGAAACCGAAACAGACCCGUGAUACUACCUGAAAAUGCGUGUGGUUUUAGGGGCUGGGCAUCAGCAGUCUUUAUAAACCGGAGGGUUGGUGAGAGGAAGGUUUUUUGAACUUCACAUCAGCACAGAUGAUGAUGAUGAUGAUGAUGCGAGUCUUCGACUAACAUGACCACGUGGAAACCGAAACAGACCCGUGAUACUACCUGAAAAUGCGUGUGGUUUUAGGGGCUGGGCAUCAGCAGUCUUUAUAAACCGGAGGGUUGGUGAGAGGAAGGUUUUUUGAACUUCACAUCAGCACAGAUGAUGAUGAUGAUGAUGAUGCGAGUCUUCGACUAACAUGACCACGGGCUUCGGUUCGAAACUUCUGUGAGCCUCUACAGGACCAGAGCCAGGAAGGAUGACGUCAAAGGCGAAGAAAAAGUCUCGAACGUCCUUCGGGGCAACAGCACCACCCUUCAUUGACUACCUGCAAGAUAUCCUGCGUCGAUAUCCUGAAGGUGGACAAAUUCUCAAGGAGCUCAUUCAAAAUGCAGAUGAUGCCAAAGCCACAGACGUGGUUUUCAUCCACGACGAGAGAAGCUACGGGACAGAGAGCCUAUGCACCGACCAGCUGGGAGAAUACCAAGGCCCUGCUCUCUACGCCUACAACAAUGCGGCGUUCCAUGAUGAAGACUGGGAAGGGAUUCAGAGGGCAGGAAGGAGUGUGAAACGCGAUGACCCAAACAGAGUCGGGCGGUUUGGAAUCGGUUUCAACUCUGUUUACCACAUAACAGAUGUGCCGGGUAUAUUCAGUUCAGAGUACCUGGCCUUCAUGGACCCUCAGGAGGAAAUAUUUGGGGACAACAGAGGCGGGUUUCGAUGGUCUUUAGAUGAUGAAGAACACCAAAAAACUCUGAUGACCAAGCACGAUCAGUUUCAACCUUUUCAAGAUAUCGUUUCACUUGUAAGUGGGCAAGAAUGGUCAAAAGUCAUCACAGAAGAUCAGUACUUUGACGGGACCAUCUUCAGAUUCCCUUUGCGCAGCAGAGCUUCAAAGAUUUCAGACAAGCUGUACAGCUCCCAGAAGGUGGUCGAGCUUUUCGACAGCUUCAUUGCAGAUGCAGAGUUGAGCCUCCUGUUCCUGAAAAAUGUCACCUCUGUUUCACUGAUUCACAUCAGUGCCAAUGGCAACGUUAACACCAGGCUUGUAGUGAAAUCCUCGGUGCCCACAGAUGUCACGCUGGAAUCAGGAGCCGAGUCAACGGUUACAAGUUUGACUAAAUUCAAACUGAUAACUCUCAGCUCAGAGCAGCACAAAGAAUCAAAAUGGCUGGUGACGACAUGCACGAUGAAAGACGGCAAUGUGGAAAGUCUUGAUUUACUGGCGGGAAAGUUGAGCUUUUUCCCCCAGGUUGACUUGGCGUUCCCUUGUGGUGAGAAGAGAGACAGCAGUGAGAGUCGACUGAGCUGCUUCCUCCCGCUCCCAAACAACGAAUCCAACAAGACAGGACUUCCUGUUUAUGUCAAUGCAUGCUUUGGCCUCACAGACAACAGAAGACACAUAAAAUGGCAAGAGGAAGACCAGAAAAAUGACGAACACGCUGUGUGGAAUGAACUGCUGAUGAAGGAGGUGCUUCCAGUGGCGUACGUCGUGAUCAUUCAGGAUGCUGUCAGACUUGCACAAGAUUCCUUACUGCCCGUUUCCUCUGUGUACGAUCUGUGGCCCGAAAUUGCAAAGAUAAGCCACAGAGAAAGAUGGUGCGCAGUCGCCCUGGACGUUCUCCGUCAUUUAUUCAGACAAAACGUGCCCAUCCUCUCUCUCGCCAAAGAUGAGAGAACGUUCAUCACCCCAGCAGAAGCCGUCUUUCCCUGCAAUGGUCCAACAAGCUCUGACACCCUGGCUGCCAUUAAGAAAACCUUGGUUUCCUGUGGAGAAAAUCUCGUCACGUUACCAGGAAGUGUCGCUACAGCCGUGAAUGAGGCGUACCCACACCCUGAUGCCCUCAGACGUGUUACUCCAACAUUCCUGAGAAAUGUCCUACGCAGGGUUGGCGUCCACGUCAUGUCUAAAGAGGACAAACUCUGCCUUUUGGAGUUCAUUCUGAGUGAUGGAAACUACAGAGAGCUCAGGGGUCUUCAGCUGCUUCCACUCAGUGACGGCUCUUUCAGAUGUUUCACGGACAGAGAGGAGGACACUGCUUUGAUUGACAGCGACAGAUUUCCAAGGGUCCUUCUGCCAUGCUGCAAGAACCUCUUCAUCCCAGACGACCUCAGUCCAGCCUGCAGAUCUCACCUGAGAGAACUGGCCCAACAAAAUUUUUUCAAGGUCAUCAGUAUCGAUGCAGACAAAGUGGCUGAAUACACGCAGAGAUAUCUGCCUUACGACUGGCAGCAGAAGAGGACAGGGCUUGUGACCUGGGACACCGGCAACACUCAGCAUCCACCUUUAGACUGGCUCCAGGAAUUCUGGAAAUUUCUCAACACUCAUUUUAGAGAGUUAAGUAAUUUCGCUGGAAUGCCUUUAGUACCGGUUAGUCCUCUGUCUUAUGGCCAACCCGUCUCACUAGCAAGACUACAGAAAAACACAACCCUCAUUUUCCAGAGCAGCAAACACAUCAGCCUGCCAGAUCAGAUAGCUCAGUUGGUGAACAAAGUUGGUGGCACAGUGGUGAGAGGAAAUCAGUGGCUCAAGCAUGAAGACCUGGACUCGUAUGUCCUUUGCCCAUCUCCAAGGAGUGUCACGAAAGUCUUGAUGAAUUUAGACUCUCAGGAACUCAUCAGGGAACUCCAGACAGCCUCUCAUGAAGCUCGAAAAGUGCUGAAGGAUUAUCUGUCCCGUCUGGAUUCUCUCUCAGUGAAUGAGAAAGAUUUCCUGUCUCGGUUGCCUCUGUUUCAAACUAUAAACGGAUCCUAUGUGGCAGCUCAAUCCAAACAGGCUGUGCUCCCUCUUUCUGGUCUAACAGUACCAGCCGAAUUCCCAGUGCCUGAUUCAGUCGUGACGUGUUCAACCGAAGCUGAUCGCAAACUGCUACAGCUGCUCAAGAUUAAUCUCAUAGACACAGCUGAAGCAGCAAACCUCCUCAUUGACAGCAUUGAGAGAGGAACGUGCAGCAGAGAAGACACUCAGAAUAUCAUGGCGUGGAUUUUAAAGCAUGGCGACAUCCUUCUCUCCAGUAAUCAGACCUUGAAAAGGAGGUGCAAGGACUUGAGUUUCAUUAAAAUGAAUGGAGUCCUGAAAAAGGCCUCAACCUUUCUUGAUCCAAGGGUUAAGUCAUUUCAGGAAAUUUUUGAGCCUGAUUUGUUUCCUCCACCUUUUUACACUCAGACGCCGCAGAUGCUUGAAAGCCUUACAAAUCUUGGAUUGCUAAAUAAAGAAGCAGAUGUGGCACCAGAUCACCUUUUACAUGCUGCCAAGGUGAUUGAAAAACAGCAGGUCCACUCCCAAGCAGAGGCUCUCAAAAGAGCUAACGUCCUCUUGAAGAUACUGGAUACACAUGAUCUGCUGUCAAAGUUUUCUCACGAACAACUUGACUGCCUCAAACUGCUAAAAUGGGUACCAGGUACUAAACCUGGGAAUGACAAAAAGAGCCGAAAUGGCAAAUUCCAGGAGAGAAGUCUCUUCUGUCCGGAUGAAAUGAGACACACUGUGUUUGAGGACAUUGUUGGGCAUGUGAUGCCUCUGGUGGGAGAGUUCAGUGACAGAGUUAGCAGCAAGCUUGGGCUCAAACGCCUGCCCCCACCUCAGAAAGUUCUAGAGAACCUGACAGUCUCUAAAUCAAGAGCAGAGAAAAUGCCUGAUCCGGACACAGAUGUAGAUUUCAAAAAGCAGCUGCACAGCAUUUACAAGCACAUGCAAGACCACAGCUCUGACUUUACAAAGACGAUGAGCAAGGACACACGCUGGCUCUGGAGCCGCAACAAGUUUGUAUCACCACAGGAUCUGGUUCUAGAAUACCCACGUAACCUAGAUCUGAGCUCUCACAUUGGGAAGGUGCCAAACGAAUUCCUGCCCUACAAGAGGCUGCUCCAGGAGUUUGGACUAAGAACAUCGCUAUCUAAUGAAGAAAUUGUUGGCAUUCUUCAUUCUAUUCAGCAAACUGUCCAAGCAAGACUUCCGCCAUUUGCAAGCUCCUCUGAGAUAAAGGUGUUAAUAGAAAUCCUGAACUGGCUGUGGAGGGAGAAGAAGACAGUCGUGGAUGACGUUCCAGUUCCAGUCUUGACAGAGGGUGAACGAUAUACCAUUAAACCUCGGUCAACAGCAGUCUUCUGCGAUGUCAGCAAAAGUGGGUUGAAAGAGCUCAAGCACACCGAGGACAUUUUCAUAUUACAUGAGGAAAUCCCAAAAGCAACAGCAGAGUGGUUGAACAUCCGAUUUCUCAGUUCCUACAUCCUUGCCCCAGAGUUGGUGGGGAUUGAACAGUGUGGACAAUCUGAACCAAUAACAACAAGAAUUAAAAACAUUCUUAAAGAGUAUGAUGAGGAAAGUGACAUCUUCAAAGAGCUCAUUCAAAAUGCAGAAGAUGCCGGAGCAGAAGCCUGUAAGUUCUUGGUGGAUUUCAGAGUUCACAGAGAUGCCCCUGAAAGCCUCAUCGACCCUGACAUGAAACUUUGUCAGGGACCUUGUCUUUGGGCAUUCAAUGACGAGCAGUUCUCAGCUGGGGACUGGGACAGUAUCGUCAGAGUUGGCUCUGCCUCAAAGGAAAAUAAGGUCGAGAAAAUUGGGAAGUUUGGACUCGGGUUCAAUACCGUGUAUCAUGUGACGGACAUUCCCUCCAUCCUCAGUGGCAGCCACCUUCUCAUACUUGAUCCAAAUGUGACUCACCUCAAGACACACAUCAAGCAUAAAACAAACCCUGGAAUCAAGCUUGAUCUCUCUCGACAGCACCUCUUCAAAUGCUUUCCUGGCCAUUUUGGACCAUAUGAAGGCAUUUUUAACUGCAGCUUUACAAGUCAAAGCCUCCCCGAACCCUACCCAGGCACUCUGAUCAAACUACCUUUCCGAACUAAAGAGGAGGCCCUCAAGUCAGAAAUCAGCACAAAGGUGUACAAUCAAGACAAAAUUGGAACUUUUGAACAGGACUUUACCAGGAAUUCAAAAACACAUCUUCUUUUCCUGAAGAACAUCAACACAUUGUCUCUACAGAGUCUCCCAGACAAUGGAUCUACUCCACCGAGACACAGCGACAUACAAACCGUCUUCACUCUCUCCAAAACCACUCUCACUACAAUGGGGAUUCCUGAUCAGACCAGCGAGUCAAAGCAGCGUCAAGCUGAGCAGUCAUUGAAGAAACUUGAUGCAAAGUGCAAGGAAGUUAUUGACUGCUGCAAAGUCAACAUUAUCAAAGUAACCAGUGAGCAAUCUGGUGAGACUGAGGUCCAUUCCUGGCUACUGUAUAACUGUUUCGGAACACAGCAGUCUUUGCAAAUGGCAUUGCAGGGAAACAAACAAAGCAAGUUCUCUUUACCGAUUGGAGGAAUUGCAGUGCCUUUGCAAAAUGAUCCAGAGACGGGGAAACUGGCCCCACGACGAUCAGAACUUACUGGACAGGCAUUUUGCUUCCUUCCUCUCUCAAUUCAAACAGGUCUUCCAGUCAAUGUCAACGGAACAUUUGCUGUGACAAGCAACCGGAAAGGUCUGUGGGAGAGCGGUAUAAAGCAUGAGUGGAACAAAGCCCUUCUUCAGGAUCCUGCAGUAUCAGCAUAUGUGACUUCACUCUUGGCACUAAAGGAAAUGUCUGAAAAGCAACAACUGGAACAUUACCAGUACCACACCUUUUGGCCUGAUAGAGAAAAAGUGAGUGAAACAUUCAAGCCUUUGGUAGACGCUUUUUACCACAUCAUUGCCCAGCACUCCAGUGGUCCAGAGCUCUUCAGUGAUGGAGAACAUUGGUGCUCAAUGAACAAUGCCAUAUUCCUACAUGACAGCAUUGCACAGGAUAAAGAAAUCUGCACACUUGCAGUGCAGGUGUGCAAGGAAAAUGUGAAAGCACCCAAGCGUGUUGUUCCUCUUCCACUGUGGUUAAGAAACAGCUUCAAACAGGCUGGCCUAGAAAAGGUACUGCAGAGCAGAACAUGGACCUGGGAGAGGUUUUACCAAGAAGCAGUGUUUAAUAACCUUGGUACCAUGGAGCCUGAUAUUAGAGACAUUCUGGUGUUGCAUGCCAUUGACCUAAACAUCAAAGAAAUAGACAGUCUACUGCUCCAACAUCCAUGCAUCCCCACUGAUGGCAGCCAGCUUCAGUACAUCACUAAGCUUGUGAAUCCAUCAGGAAAAGUGGCUUGUCUUUUUGAACUAGAAGAGGGGCGCCUGCUUGGUGGUACCAGCCAUGACUUUCGUGCUCCCAAAACAGUCAAACGCUUGCUGGAACUUGGAAUGGCUAAUGAUGAUCUCUCUUUGAAAGAGAUUGCAGAGAAAGCAGGCACAAUCACCAAAACCUGGAGAGCUGACAAAAAGAAAGCAUACAGGCAUUUGAAGUGUCUUCUUGACCUGAUGAAGAUUCACGUGUAUGAAGAAGACUCUCCCCAUUGGAAAACACUGAGAAUGAUUGAGUUUCUCCCAGCAAUUCCCCCUGUUGGUGAAAGGAAGGGGGGAAAUGUCACGCUCAGGAGACCAACUGACAUUUUUAGUGACAACUGCUCCCUUCUUGUUAACAUGAAAAAACCAGUGCUAGAUCAUACCAAUCUGAAAAUACACAACAAUGAUCCAGUGCUAAAAAUAUUGGGAGUUCAUGACCGUCCAAACCUUGAAAACGUGUUUCAGCAGUUGGAAGAAGCAUGUAAGCAAUCCAAAACUACUGAUGGAUCCAUGCUCCCGGAAAUAGCAUUUGAAUGCUACAAAUUCCUUGACCGGUGGCUCUGUGAUUCUGGGGAUUCCAGCUGCAUUGCACAAAGGGCAGACUCAUUUCCAUUCAUUCUUGUCGGCAGAACAUUUGUAAAUGUGAAUCGUGUAGCAGAGAACGAGCAAUUCGAAGCAAAACCCUACCUUUACGUUCUUCCACCUGCCUUCAGUUUGUUCAAGAGGCUCUGGGAAAGUGUAGGUGUGAAAACACAUUUUACACUCGAACAGUUUCAAACUGUUCUUCAAGAACUGCACCGAAAACAUGGCACCAAGCCCCUGCCAAAGAGUGAUCUAUCACUUUGCCUGACAAUUUUAACUAAAGGGAUCUAUGAGGCCGAAGAGAAACCAGUAGGAGACUUUCUCAUACCCAACGAGCACGGCAUACUACAACCUGUGAGUCAGCUGUUUUACAACGACAGCCCUUGGUUGCCCGAAGUGGCUUCAGGUGUCACACUGUGUCACAAAAAUAUUGCUCGUGUUAUGGCUCGCCACUUUGGAAUCAAAACAACCAGGCAUCAUACCCUUCGAAACUGCACUGUUGAAGACAUUUCUCCAUUUGCGUUUCACUUUGAACAGCAUGAAAAACUAACUGUUCGCAUUAAGAACAUCAUUUUAGCCUAUCCAGCCAAGAAGGAUAUCCUUAAGGAGCUUAUCCAAAAUGCUGAUGAUGCAGAGGCAACGGAAAUUCACUUUGUUUGGGAUCAACGACAGCACGGCAAAGAGAAAACAUUUGGGAAGAGGUGGAACAAUCUGCAGGGCCCUGCACUUUGUGUGUUCAAUAACAAGGUGUUCUCUGAUGCUGACCGGAAAGGAAUUCAACAGCUGGGAGAAGGUGGGAAGCAUGACUCGCUGGGAAAGACAGGAAAAUAUGGAGUUGGAUUCAACUCUGUGUACCAUCUCACUGACUGCCCCUCGAUCCUCUCCGGAGACGAACUGCUCUGCAUUUCUGAUCCCAAUCAGAAAUUCAUUGAGAGUUAUUCAGACAAACCACCGGCUGGUACUGGCUAUAAACUAGUAGAUGAAUUUAAGAACAUGUACAUAGAUGUCUACAAGUCGUUUCUGCCAGACAAAUUUCCCCUGAAGGAUGGCACCAUGUUCAGAUUACCCCUAAGGAUGGGUACGAUGGCAAACAGCUCUGAAAUCUCACAGCAGGGUGUCACUGACAGUGAUAUGAGAGAACUGUGCGCCGUUCUCUCCGAAGAUCCCGAAGGACUCAUUCUCUUCCUGAAAAACAUCUGCAAAAUACAAGUCCAUGAAAUCAAAGAACAUUCAGAGAAACUGGAAACCAUUUUUACAGUUGAAAAAAGUCUGCCAGAGAAUAGCAGAGAGGAAAAAGAUGCCUUUGUAAAACUCAGACAAAAUGCACUGCAGUCAGACAACCCAACAAUGCCACACAAAGCCUUUUAUGGAACUGUGAUUUCAACCUCAGAUAAAAGAUCAAGUAAGUGGAUCAUUGCUGAGCAGUUUGGCUCAUUCAAAAACUGUGAGGGAAAACCAGCAACACCAACAGAGGUACUUCCCCAGGCAGCAGUUGCAGCUCGCUGGAGCAUAAAGUUGGGUAAGACUCCACAAAUUGCACCAACCAGCUGUAUGAAUUUCACUGGAGAAGCCUUUUGUUCACUUCCUUUGCCAGGAAAAACUGGACUGCCAGUGCAUGUCAAUGCAAACUUUGAGGUAGAUUCAGCCAGGAGAAGCCUGUGGAAAGAAGACGGGCAAGGUCAGAAGUCAAACUGGAACGAAUGCUUGAAACACAAUGUCAUCGCCCCGCUGUAUGCAGAUCUCCUUCAUCACAUCAGCAGUAAAUUUGCUGGCAAGAAAACCUCUCUUAUACAACUCGAAUCAUUCUUCACUGGAAUGUACUUGUGUUUUUGGCCAACUGUAUCCAAGGAUGUUGGUCAGGAGUGGCAUGAAAUGGUGCAUGAAGUCUACAAAUCAGUCAAAGACAGGGGCCUAAAGGUAAUUCCGGUGUUGAGGAGUUCAGUAUGCACCGUUGCAGACAGAGAAAUAAGAGAAUACUCAUUUGACUGGCGCGAUAUCAGAGACACUGAGCCAACCAAGGCACUGUACAUGACAUACUCAACGUUUGACACAUUGCAUCCCAUUUUGGAAGAACUUGGAAUGGCAUUGGUUCCCUUUUCCAUGGCAAUGCAAAAAGUUUGGAGUGGUUUUAGAUCUGCUGGCAUCGAAGUGAAAGAUGUGAAUCCCUCAACUGUGCUGACUUUCCUGAGGGUGAAACCCCUCAAUGACCUGACCAAGACAGACAAGAACUUACCCUUGCACAUAACGGAAACGCUGAUCAGAGAUGAAAAAAGGUUUUCAGAGCUCUUGAGAUUCUGCCUGACCAUUUUCAACCUCAGAAAUGCAACCAAGCAGGAUUCUGGUUUACUACAUGGGCUUCCGCUGCUUCUCACUCGAGAUAAAGUUUUGAGGGUGUUUAACUCUGAGUCUCCCAAACUCAUAUCAAGGUAUGACAGUCUGUUCUCUGGCAAUGAGGAUAAAUUUGCAGAUUACAAGACCAACAAAGAACAUCUUCGAGUUCUGAAGACUUUAAACCUUGUCAAGGAGUUGAGUGUUCCUGAUGCAGCAGGAUACCUAAAGCCUCUAAUAAAGGAACUUCUGAAGGAAUGUGAAACUGACUCAGAGAGUGGCCUACAUGUGCCGAAUAAGUCAAUGUUGAACUGGCUGAAAACCUUUUGGCAGUUCCUAACAAGCCAAAUCAAGACUACACCAUCAAGUGAUGAUGAGAAGUCAAAGCCAAGCCUGAAGAUGAGCGAUGUGAAGCAGCACUUCAGUGACUGCUGCGUUCUUCCUGUACUGUGUCCAAAGUCAAACAACAAGCAGUUUCUGCAACCAAUGAAAGACAUGCCAAGUGUGAUUCAGUUUGCCUUAGAUAAAGACAUCUCAGGCAUUCUCUUCAGACUUGGUUUCAUGAAGCUGGACAAUGUGUUCUUCUCUGAUGCACUGCAACUGCAGGAGCGUUCACUUCUACACUCUGAACUAAUGGACGUGAAUGACAAGAGCUCUGUGCUGGACGAAGUCUACAAGAUCAAGCACUCAGAGUUUUCCCAGCUUUCCACUGCUGACUUAAAAGAGCUUCAGGAAUUCCUGCAGUCUGGACUGUCCAAGGCCAAAGACAAACAACAGUAUCAGAGAAAGCUGAAGUCUUUACCAUUAUUUGAAACUAUAAAUGGUAGCCGAGUAAGGAUCGAUGGAUCUAGAGAGGUGUUCAUCCUCAACAGCAGAGGCUCAGAGUCAUUUCCAGAUUUGUUUCUCCUGCACAACAACAGCAGCAUUUGCCUUCAGAAUAAUCCAGAAAACAUAAUGCUGUCACAAAUACUAGACAUUGAAACCCUUGAUGAUAUGGAGUAUUUCAUGAGGUUCGUUCUGCCUGUGGUACACGGGCUCACAGAGAGGCAGAUGAUUGACUGCCUUAAACUGCUGCUGUCACCUAAGCUCGGUUUCAGUUAUUUCCAGCACAGGGACAAAGUCAUUUCAUCAUUGAAGAAUGUGAAGUUGAUUCCCAAUUCACAAGGCAGGUUGGAGACAGUGUCGUACUACUUCGAUGAUAGUGUUGAGCUGUACAAGAAGAUGCUGCCCCAAGAGAGAUUCGUGCCAGAGAAAAUUUGGACUGAGCUGUGUCCCGAAACGUCCGAAUAUCUACCAACAAAAGACCGACCAAAACAGUUGCUCAGAGAACUUGGAAUGAAUCAUAAGGUGUCAAAGGAUGACAUAAUCAAGUUUGCUCACCAGUUAGAAACAGAAGCAAAAGGAAGUGGUCCACUUAAAGAGGUAAAACAGAAAUCAUCACUUCUUUUCAGGGAAGCCUGCUCCUUAGUGAGUAACGACAAAGAGGAAACUUUGCUGGACAGCAUAGCUGACAUUGAGUUCGUCUUUCCUGUAGAAAUUCGAAAGGAACUGUGCAACUAUCACAUACCAUUCGCAGCAGAGAGAACUGCUGUGAAAAUCAGAGGAUCAUUGGUGGAAAGCGAUCCCAAGCAUCAAGAACUGAUUUGGUCUUCAAUGCCAAUCAUACAUCUACCCUUUAAGAGCCAAACGCUCCUGAAAAAGAUGAAAAAUGCAGGAGCUCAUGAACAACCACCAUCAAAAUGUAUAACCAGUAACAUGAAGAACAUCUGCAAGUCACCAUGCAAAACUGAUGACUUGAUUAAAACCCGUGCUGACGUGUUUCGGAGUUCAUACGCACAUUUACAAGGGGAGGAGUUUGAAGGCAAGGCGCUGGCUGGGCUUCCUGUUGUGUUGGUGGAAAGAGACAAGGAACUCGUGAGGACUGACAACACAGCGUUUUCAUUCAAUGACCACUUGGACUUCAGGCCAUAUUUGUACAAAAUCCCUUCACAGGAUGUCAAGUUUGAAACUUUUUUCAAGACGAUUGGGGUAAAUGACCAACCUACUGCGUUGCAGUACUGCAGUGUUCUGGCAGAUGUUUAUGCAGAUUCCCAUGACAAACCACAGCCAAACCCAAACCAACAGAAAACUGUGAAACGUGCAGUACAGCAUCUUUUUCAGCUGAUCAAAUCUCAAGAAAAUCCGUCUCACAUUGACGACGCGGAGACUCUGUAUCUGCCUGCAGUGGAUGGAAAAUUGCAUCCAUCAUGCACACUCUACUACAAUGACACAGUGUUCGAGACCAAAAGAUUAGAGGAAGCACUGGAGAAUAAGUUCCUCUUGCUUGAGAAACUCAGUGAAUGCCAUUUGGGCCAAGACAGCUACAGACACCAUAAGCUGCUUCAUUUGCUGCCUCAGAAGUUUCAGCCAAAAAUGCUUUCUCAGUACACGGAGGAGGAAAUAGUCGAAUCAAACAAGCAGCUUUGUGAGUUCGUAACUGCAUGUGAAUUCAGUGGCUUUUUUGACAAACAUCUGUCUUCUCCAGUCUUUACCCAUGGACUGAUCUGUCUCAUCAGAGAGAAGUCCAAUGGAGAGAUAACAGAAGAAGAAGCUGCUGACAUGUGCAAAAAGACUUUUGGCAGGAUACAGAUCGUCUGCUGCAAAAGCCUAGAAACGCAACUUUUGGUUGAUAAACAGCCCCUACACAAAACUGCCAGGGAAACCAGUGUUUUUGUCAAACAAGAGCAGCAAGGUUGUAUCUUUUAUCUAAAGCAUGAUGACAACUUGCCUCCAAAUGUGCUAUUUGGCAUCAGCAUGAAAUUAUCACGGGUAAUUAAUGGGAUUUUAGGCAACAGAAUCUCACAAAAUCACAUCGAAGUGCUUGGACAACUUCUCAUGUGUGAAAAGUUGCAAGAUGUUCAGAAGAUUCUGGCAGAAAGUGGGAUUCAUGACAGUGCAAGUGCUAAAAGUUUCCAGCUGGACCCACCUCUUCCUGGGACACUGAUUCCAGAGGAAUGGCAUGACUCAUUGGACCAGAACAUCUUCAAUAACUUUGAAGAGGGGGAAUAUGUCGGCUACAGCACUGACAACGAGUACAUUUAUGCUAUCAUUGUUGAAGAACUGCCUGGCUGCUCUGGACCUUUUUCACGACGAUACAGGAUAGAUAUUGGAGAAGAUGAGCCUAUUGAAGUCAGCUGUCUGGACCUGUUUCAGUUUAAACGUCAAACAAAGUCAGAGCCCAAAGGGGCGACUGGCACAUCUGCUGAAAAUCCCUGCAUGGAGUUGGAGCUACUAACAGGAGCCUCAAGCUCCUCCUCCUCCUCAUCAUCAUCAGCAUCAAACUCCACAUCAUCAUCAUCAUCAGCCUCAAGCUCCUCAUUUUCAGGAUCCUUACCAACCUCCAUUGAGGAAGCUAAAAGGGAAAUUGACAGAUGUUUAGAAGAGAUCUCUACUCUUCCUGAGGAGGAGAGGAAAAAAGCCAUCAAACGUAUGUUUCUGAGAUGGCACCCUGACAAAAACCCAGACUGCCAAUUACUCGCCACUGAGGCGUUCAAAUACCUGCAGAACAGACUUGAAGGCAAAGAGGGAAGCAGUGGGAGAACUGCAGGCUCAGGCUCAUCCUCUUCAAGGGGACGCUCAAAUUUCAACUACUCAGACUUCAGCGAUUUCUUUCACGAGUGGAAUCAGGAGGCCAGGCGUCACAGGUAUAACCGAGAGAGAUUCUCCAGGCAAAACCGUUCCUACAACUUCUGGAGCCAUAACGAAAACAUCCCCAAGCCAGACAGAGAGGAGGCCAAGCGCUGGUGUAGACAGGCUCGCUGCGAUCUCAACGCCGCUCACAAAGACACCGGCGGCGGGAGCACUGAGUGGUGUCUCUUCAAAGUCCAUCAAGCCGUGGAGAAGUCUCUUAAAGCUGCGGAGUACAAAAAGGGUGGUCAGCGUUCUGCCAGCAGUUCCAUUUCAGCCAUGGCUGCAAAAGUUUCCUUCUACAGUCUCCAGCUGAGAGACUUGCCUGAUAUUGUCGGUGAUCUGAUGAUGCUAGGAGUGGAUGCCAAGAAGACUCAGUAUCCCAACUGCCACCAGUUUCCCCACAUUCCAAACGAGCAGUUCAGAUCAGAGAAUGAAAUGCAGGCGAUUGACAAGGCAUCAGAACUCCUCAGGAAAGUGGAGGAAUACGUGAAUUAGGGAUUCAAGAGAAACAGACGUCGUAUUUGUAAAGCAAGUUUUGUUGGACCAAGAAAAAUCUGAUGUCCAAUUUUUGAUCUAGAAAUAUGAGACACAAAAGCACGGGAUCAGAAAAAGACCAAACUGAGAUGAGAAUAUUCUAAAAUGAGUUGAAGGUCUUCCAGGAGUGUAUUAUGAUUCCUCAUAUCUUUUUUUUUUUUUUUGGGGGGGGGGGUUCAGUCUUUAACACAAGAACAACCGUGGAUCUCCAUAUAC